UAUUCAUUCAUGAAUAUGUUUCUGUUUUGCUUCCAGAGAGCUGGUGGCUUGUUUGGAAAUCAUGUCAGCUAUUACCAAAGUGAUGGCAGAAGCUCAUUCCCUCAGACAUUCACCACUCAGCGCCCUUUGCACAUCAACAAAUCUAGUAACAACCAGGGAGACACUGAAUCCCCAUCCCAUGAGAAGCUUGUAGAUUCCACCUUCACUCCAAGUAGUUACUCCUCAUCAGGCUCCAAUGCUAACAUCAAUAAUGCCAAUAAUACUGCCCUGAGCCGCUUUUCCAGUCCGCCAAGCUAUCCCAACACCGUCAGCACCGUGGACGGCCACAGCACCCCUUCAUCCACCACUGUACGGAUUCAGGAAGUUCCUUGGAAACUCAGCUGCAGAAGGACGCAUUAUUAUGAAACACUAGGGAGAUCCUAUUCCAGAGACAGCCAGGUGGCAAUUGUUAGUGAAGAGGAAGCUUCUCAGGAGGAAGAAACAUACAAUGAGCAACUAAAUGAAGAAGCUGAAUAUUGUAGUGAACCAAAUUUGUUAUCCACUGAAAUGUUAUCAUACCAAGAUGAUGAACACAGACAGCUAACUCCCCCUGAAAACAAAGAAGACAUCCAGCAGUCUCCAAAGAUUGGAUUUCUGCAUUCCUCAUCACUAAGUCGAAGAGCAUCCUUUCAUCUGGAGUGUCUAAAGAGACAGAAAAAUCAAAGUGCAGGUGUCCUACAGAAAACAAUAUUACCUUUGCAUCUAGUACAUCGUCAGGCAGUAGCGGCUGCAGGUCGGAGUCCUCUUCAAAGUAGUCAUUCUCCAAUAAGACCUUCUCGAUCCUGUGCCACAUCCUCUGCAACACAUUGUACACAGGACUGGCCACAGCAACAGGUUAAAGGCUUGUGGCCUGAAGUAGAGGAGUCCAACGAGAAACUCAAUAAUAGCUUCCCAUCAAUAUACUGCAGCUCCUCAUAUUGUGAUAGCACCAGCUCUAGCAGCACCCGAAAAGCCAGGCCAGUCUCCCUUACAGUUUCCAGUCAGACAAGAGAGUGUGGCAGGCAAUUUCACGGUAGUGCCAACAGCCUUGUUGAAGCGGUCUUGAUUUCGGAAGGACUGAUGCAGUUUGCUCAAGAUCCAAAGUUCAUUGAGGUUACCACCCAAGAGCUAGCUGAUGCCUGUGACUUGACAAUAGAAGAGAUGGAGAAUGCUGCAGACAACAUUCUCAAUGGUAACAGCAAACCAAGCCCCAAUGGCAACCUCUUGCCUUUUGUUAACUGCAGGGACCCAGGGCAGGACUGUAUGGGCGAAGAAGCAGCAGCAGCCCAAAACCCAGAUUGUAGGAAAAGUCAAGAGGAGCCUAAGGAUACCAGGAUUUAUAUCAGCAGCCUGUAGUUGCUGAGGCUGAAAGUGAUGCUGGUUUUUUAAUUUGUUUCAAUGUUCCUAAUGGGUUUGUUUCAGAAGUGCCUCACUGUUCUCGUGACCUGGAGUAACCAGAACAGCAUUCUUCAUUUAUUUCUGUCGGGAAGAAUCGCAGAGUUGGGUGGUGUAAAAGAGCUUUUCAGGAGUGAAUAUACAACCCCAGCAUGUGUCCAUGAAGGAAGAAUCAGGAGAAGUAAAAGGCAGUGUGUCAGGUCCCUUCUUUUUUCAGUCCCUGCACAAGGAACAACAGCUGCUUCCUGAAUAUAAAGGAAAACCUCAGCUUCCUGUGGAUGGCCAUAGCCAAAAGGACACUGUAUCAAGCGGGUGUGUUUCAAUUCUGCUUGUACAAAAAGGAAUCAUUUUGCACAUGUUCUGUAUGAGCCUCACUGUCUCCAUAAAGCCAAGACCCUUCUGAUCUACAAGUGGAAUAGACUUCUGCAACAGAUCCCACACAUUGCUGAGGAGGAGGACGCAGAAGUUGCAAGAUAGGAGAUGCAGGUGGCAAUAUUGCAGAUGUUUCUUGAUGGAAAUGCAGAGACUCCCAAGCAGAAUUCUCUGCCAACCAAUCAGAGCUCAGGCAGUCUUCUCUGCCAAACAGAGUUCAAGACAGUUAGCUGUGCCAAUGGCUCAAAGAGCAGGAAGCCAGCUCUGUCAAAAGGAGUUCAGGCAACCCGCCCAUUUCUAAGAGAGGUGGCGAUGGGCUUAUGUAGAUCUCUCCUUGUUCUUGCUAUUUAAUAUUUUCUUGAAAGCAUGUUCCAAUUUUUAUUUUUGGAAACUUUAUUUUAUUGUAUUUUAUUUUUUAAGGGAGAGGGAUGGAGUGUUUACAAAGUUUUGUAAUCACACGCCUUUUUGUUUUUCACCUUCACAAAUGUUUAACAUUGAUUUAUUUUUUGUUUUUGUUUUUGUUUUCCUCCACUGACAUUUGGUAGAAGCUAAUGAUAUUAGGAGUUUUGCCAACCAUGUACACCAGACUUUGUAAUUUUAUUUGAAGUAAUGAGAAUUUCCUUUUUUGUUGUUGUUUUAUAAUUUAAAGAUAGUAGGCAAUGCACUUGAUAUAAUCUUGCACAUAUGAAUGAUUGAUUUGGAUUCUUUAUAGUACUAGGUAUAUUUGCAGAUGUGUGAACGAAUGAGCAGGACUGGGUGAAUGAGUGAGCAAGUGAAUACACACCUGAAAGUGUGCAACUUGAUACAGUUCUCCACUUCCUGGUUAUAACUGAAGGAGAGCUUUAUCUGGGGUGAUUUGAGUGCAAAAAUAAAUCACUGCUUUUGAAAGGGGAAUCAGUAACUCUUUGCAUUUUCUGUUCCACAAGAUAUGCAAAAACAAUGCAAUAAUAUUAAUUUUGAAUAAAAUGUGUGAAUUGUGCUGGCAUUAAAACUGUAUAGAAAAACAAAACAAGGGGAUUAAAAACAAACAAAAACAACCAAGUGAGAAGGAGUUAUAUUUCAAUAUAUUCCGUGUGAUGUUUUAUUGCAUUGAUAAUGUUUCUGUUGAAGAAACCGUAAUACUUGAAUUCAGGUCAGUUUCAGUAUUUUUCAACUAUUUUUUUAAACUGAAUUGCAAUUGUGCCAAGCAAAUAUAAUGAAUUAAGUUUGUUUAAGGGAAAAGAUAACAAUUCUUGUAUAUUUUGCUGCAUGUAAAGUAAAUCAUUUCGUAUUUGGAGUGUGCCAAGCUUUACCUUUGAACUUUAAGUGCUUUUCUACAUGUGGUUGGGGGAAAGGGUAUACUAUUUUUUUUCAUUUUUUAAUUUGUAUAAUGAACAAAGUGUACCUAGUGCUAAGUAAUUAUCCUGCAACCCACUGACAGGUUGAACAUUAACUGAUUUUGCAUAUCUUGUGUUCACUUUCCUUAUUCUGCACUUUCUUAGACAUGCAUGAUGAUGAAUUGAGAAGACUAUCUUGCAUUUUGAAGCUAUGGAUUCUUAUCCAGGUUUCUUCUUUUGCAUAGUUUCUCUCAGUAAUUCUCCUCACUAAAAGGUGGAUAAUUCCAUAUGCUAGGAUAAUCAGGUAUAUCCAUUCCUGUAAACUGAGCUGGCAUCAGCAACCUGGGAAAGGGGAAUAUCUUCUUUUUAUUAUAUACCGCAAAUAUUACAGUGAUUAUUGUUAUGACAUCAAAAAUAAUGAUAAUCAGGAGUUAGUUUAAUAAUUUCUAUAAAUUCAGUAGGGUAUAUUGUACUUUUAGCCAAAUUUGUAUGCGUAGAGAAGCUACAAGUACUUCAGAAGACUAGUUAAAAUAUUUUUCACCAGUAAAAUAAAAGAGAAAGGAAGACUGAUAAAAGAAAUUAAACAAGAAUGUAGCACAUGGCCCAGGAAUAAGAUGCACAACUAUAAGAUGAAUAAUAACAUAACAGUAGCAUUACUGAGAAGUAUUUAGAGAUUAUGAUUAAAAGUCUGAUACAAGUCAGAAAUCUCAUAAUGAAUAAGGCAAGAAUCAUUUUACAUUGUAUUAACUGAUUAAAACACACAGAAAGUAGUUUUUCAGUUAGCAGAACUACUUUACAGGACCAUAAUGAACUAGGGGCAUUCAUAAAACUAUAAAUAAAGAACAAAUAUGGAAAGAUGUGAUAUGGGUAGCAUACUAAAAAAAGAAAGAAAUGUUGACCACUUUCAAAUAUUUAAAAACAGGUGGCAAUUGCUUCUGUAGCCCCAGUUCAGAGAUACAUACAUGCAGCAAUAUAUUAUUCGGAAAUGUUUGAGUGUAUCUAUCACCACCUACCUCCUGAUCAUAAGGAAAGCAUUUUGGCAUAAUUCAACACCAACCACUUGUUUGAGAGUGACUGGAAUAAUUUGAGUAGCUGAUUAAUAUUCUAAUAAUAUGUUGCUUAGGAUUAGAGCUGUACACAGUUUGCAAUUCAACAGUAGGAAACUCUUGUGCAGGCCCAUAUGCUGAAUACAAUAAUAUAAUCCUUUAUAAUAUAUAUGUCUCAAAGUAGGAGGGGAUGCAUGUAUCAUGGUGCAUUAUCAAUGAUGGGGAAAAUGUAUAUAAAUCACAGGCCAAAGGCAAUUUGAUAUAAACAUUUCAAAUAAAGUUUCUAACAAAAGCAGUUUUCUUCACAGAAGAUAGAUGAGUAGUUUCUGGAGAUGGGUUAACAUCUUCUUUCAAAAAACAAAGGUCAGCAGCUAUCCUACAUGUAGGAAUCCCACCUGUUAAUAACCUCUGAUUUUUUGAAUACUGAAAUUGCUUAUUCAGAAUUCUUCCAAAUCAAGAAAAUUCUGCUCUAGAGUACCAUUUAUAUACCAUAUAAAGCCCCCUUCAGAAUUAUAAAGUUGAACAUUUAAACCAUUGUUUAUAACCCCUUGGUAAGUGCAGAAAUCCAAAUUAAACUGUUUCAGAAAAAUGGUUUCUAAUGUCCACUGGAACACAUCCAAAGAAGAAACAACCAUCUCUCUGGGUAAUUGGUUUCAUCAUCAAACAGCUCUUAACUGUUAGGAAACUUUUACUAAAAUUCAUGUUGAACCUGUCUUCCUUAGCUUAAAUCUAUUGUAUCAUCUAUUAGACUCUAGAAUGAGAGAACUGAUCCUGACUUUGUUCUAUGUGACAUUCUUUCGGGUAUUUGAAGAAUGCGAUUAUAUCCCUAUUCAGUUGUCUUUUCCUAAGGCUACCCGUAGUCCUCCACCAAUCUUUCUCCAAUCUGAAGAGGAACCACUGAAGAGUAUCAUUUUCAAGCCAGCUCUGUGUUCAUUCACAUGUCAUGCCAUUCAGCCUAUACUUAACUAGCUUGAUAAUCAGCAUGUCAUAGGGGUACUUUGACAAAUGUGUGCUGAAAUCAAAAUAUAUUCUCACAAUCCAUUAAGGAAAUAAAUCAAUUAGAAAUAUGAGAUAAGGGUACGUGGCAAGAUUUGUUCUUGACAAAACCAUGGUGAACUCUUUAUUUUCAAGAUGCUUACAGAUCAAUCUUUUUAUUAUGUGUUAUAAAAUCUUCCCAAGUAUCACUAUCAGGGUGACUGGUCUGUAGUUUGCUGGAUCUUUUUCCUAUUUUUGAAAAUAGGGUCAACUGCUCGCCUCCAGUCAUCUGGCAGUUUACUAGUUCUGCAGGAUUUCUCAAAGAUGUUAUAUAAGGGUUCAGCCAGGCCAUUACCUUUUUCCCUCAGUACUUUAGGUACAUUUCAUUUAAACUCAUUCAAAAUAAAGAUGUAUUUCCUGAAUUCUGCACUUUCAUCCUGCUGUUCAAAAUUUCCUUGUGGAACAUUUUUGUGAGAAAAAGCUAAACUGAAAUAGAAUAUAGUGGCUCUGCCUUUCCUUUGUUACACAUAGCAUUCUCCAUGAAAAGCCAGCAAACUGGCUUUUCUUUUCCUUUUAACAUAUCUAAACAAUCCUAAGCAUUUGGUUUCUUGACAUCAGUUCUACAGUACAAGGCUACCUGUCUAUACUCUUUCCAUUUUGUAUGUGUCUGUUUCUGUUCUCUGAUCUUCACUAAUCAUUUUGUGUAGCUACAUUGAUUUCUGCUGUCCUCCAUGUUUUUCCUAAUUAGGUUUUCCAUUGUGCUUUUAGUAUCUUCUGUUUAGGAACUUCCACACAUCCUGAGCUUGUUCUCCAUUCAUUUCUUCUGCCAUGCGAUCCUACUUACCAUUGAUCUGGGUUUAUUAACAUCUUUUUUGGGGGGAGGGAGUCUGAGUUAGGUGAUUACACUCAGUUUUAGUUAUUAAUUAAAUCAAAUAGUCAGCAUUCUUGGAGUUCCUGACUAUGAAAAAACAUUGCACAGCUAUUCUGGAUUUCCAUCCUUACCAAUUUUUAAAUUAUUAAAAAACUGAAAAUAGGAAAACAGAGGAUAAUCACAAAUGGAAGGUAUUGUGAUCCUCCUGGUAAUUCCAUGAACAAAGCAUGAUGACGACCACAAUAAAAUCCUCAUUGUGGAAGUACAGAUAUGCAUAUCAGUAUAAAUCUAGUCCACUUUACUGCCUGUGUUAGUAAGACAGUAUUCCUAGACCAUCAGAUGCUUAUUAUUAAAAAGUCACUUGAAAAGAAUGUCCAUCCAUUUAUUACUCAUUCAGAAUUUUUAUAAGCAUUUUCCCCAUUUUAAAAAAACAUAAAUGUCCCAGUCGUAUUAUAGUGCAAAUUUCUUAUUUUGUUAUGUAAAUCCUGUGUUGUACAAAUUUAAAAAUUACAUUUCCCCAAUAAAAGUUAACUUUGACAUAAUCACUAAUAUAUAUUUUAAAUGCAACUUGCCAAUAUAUUUUAGUUUGGUUUGCCUUGUUUUUGCAUUCCACUUAGUCAUCCAUGUAUGCCAUAGCUGAGUACAUUUUGGAUUUCACAAACCUGCUUCUAUAAAAAACUAUAACAAAUUUAUUUUACCUUUUGUUUCUAGAAUCUCUCUAGGUAAUAGUACAUUCAGAAAUGUGAAAGCACAUCAAUUUAGCUGAGAUUUCUUAUAAACGUCAGUCUUUCACAAAUAUCCUACAAUAAAUAAUUUUGGAUACUUAGCAUAAUUGUUUGUCAAACUACACAUCUGCUUUUAUCUUAGCAGCACAAAAUUAGAUUUAUUCUGCUGUAUUAAAGAUUUAGAUUUAUGUAUUAAUUUCUUUGUUUAUCAGCAAAGAAAGCCCCCACUGAUCCUUUAUUUUUUGAAACAAGUGCUAUCUUAUUGGUCAGUAUCUGACACAGAGCAAAGCACACUGAAAUUAAUGGUUUUGAACAUUCUUUAUUCUGUUCUGCAAUGUAACUAUUCUUUUUCUUUAGGUACCUAUACUCCAUUCUUCAAAGCAAAACAACUCCAACACUUUUACAAUGAACAUAAUAAACAUGUUUGAUUAUAGUCAUCACUUUUCAGAUUUGGCUCAGUCAUUCAUUCACCUACUGAAAGUUUGAAGAUUCCUGCAAAAAUGUUUUUAAAUGUCCAAUAUAUCUAUAAUUAUUGAUAAAUCUUGCUCAACAAGGUCUUUGUGCAUAUUAAUCACCACAUAAAACAGUUUCCCUGGAAUCAGAAAUUGGCUAUCAGUCAAUAAUUAUACUGCCUAUAGGACAAAGAUCCAAAAUCUGCCUGAGAACUAACUUCUUUCUUUCCUUCCUUCUUUCAUCAGCUUCAUAUUCUAUGAAAUCCCUACAGAACUUCCACAUAUAUUAAAAGCAUAUUAUGCCACAGAUUUUUAUUCCAAUUUUAUUUAUCUAGAACCAGUCUUCCCCUUGAUAUAAUCACAGGCGCCUAGUUCAUUAAGCAUCUUGAUCACUAGGUUGCAGUGCCUUGGAGUAAACUCAAACUUAAUGAGAUAUACUUCUGUCUAAGUAUAAUUGUGCUGCUUGUGAUUCUAUAUUAGGUAAAAAAAUUGCAAAAGCAUAUGAACCAUAGAAUACAUGUUCUUGUGGGCUAAUUUGAAUUGCUGACUUUUGGCCAUAACAAAGAGUUCCCCAAACUCCCACUGAGAGGAUUCAUUCAUUUGUUCAACCACAGUAGAUGAAAUAUCAGAAAGUAAAGAUGUUCCUAAAACUUCACAUUACCUAAAGCUCAAAGAUACAUUUACAUAGUGCAGAAUAUGAACAAUGUGAACCUCAAGACCACAUGCUAUAAAUCCACAAUAUGGCUCAUUCUCAUGCAAGAAUAAGUCCAAAGAAAAUGGAUGUUCAUGUACAAAUUUAUUUCAGAUUAUCAUGAACUUUUCCCAAAUUUUCUGGGGCUUCCAAUAUUGCAUUGAUAGCAUAUAAAAAAACCUCUAACGCUACUCAAAUAACUCAGAACCAGUUCAAAGCUUUUCACCAGAAUUAGUUCAUACAAUCAGUUGUAUAAGCACUCACUUGGCAAGAAAUUGUAAUAUAUAUACAUAAACACACAUACAUACUAGCCCUAAAGUGUAUGCUAACCCUCACUCCCAAUACAAAUAUAUAUUACAAACUAUGGUGAACAGGAAGUAAGACUGAAAAAAGCUAGUUGCAUUAUUUUACACCAAUUGUGAAAAUAUUUUGAAGAAUUAAAAUAAUAUGCAAUUACAGGAUUACUUCUGAUAACUUGGUGACUUACAUGGAUACACACAUAUUUUUGGUGUGAUACAGAAGUGGUUUGCCAAUGCCUUCUUUUAAGAUUUUUUUUUUUUUUACCUCCCAGUUUAGCCUUGGAUUUCCAAGAUGGGUCUCCUUCCUUAGCUUCCUAGAUCAGCCAAGGUCAGCUAGGUGUUGCCAGGAUUUUUUAUUUACAAAAGUUAAAUCCACAGGUAGCAAAAUACCAGUGUAACUGGUCAUAUAUGGUGCUAUUUCCUUGUCUCCUGUGGUAUGUAAGCACCUUUUGCCCAGUCUUUGCAAAUGCCAAACUGCUUUGCUAUUUAUUUAAUUGGUAUAAGAAUUAAAUUGUGACAUGGCACAUGCAGGUAAAACAUAGCUGCACUAAGUGAUGGCAUAAGUAAUGACUAUUGGACAGUGCCAGAUCUAUGUGAAAACAAUCAUGUAAGAAACAUGCUCUCCACGGGACACUGAAGAAUAUGUCAUUUAUGGCUUGAUCAAAAGGAGUAGUCUCUGUACUGAUAAAGUAGUAUAUGAGCUAGUCUAUAUGGCCAAUUUCUGCAUAUUUCCUAACAUAUUAUAUGCAUUGAACAGGUAUUCUAAAAGGCUUCUGUCCAAACUAUUUAUUUGUGUAUAUUCUCUAUGCCUCAUAUGAAUAUGCAUAAUUAUCUUUUUAUGCAAGUUACAGUCAAAAUAAGUGGUAAUAUACCAAAGGCCUAGGGAAGAACAUUAAUAAACUCUUUACAUAAGAUACGGUGCUUAUUUUGUGCUUACGAAAAUAGUUUAAAAGAACUAUGAGUGCUCAAAGCUCUGAAAAGAGAUAAUGUGUUUAGGGUAAGUUAUUAUGCCAUGAUUGUACAUUUGGGAUAUUAGUUACAUCUCUGAUUAAAGAAGAAAAUUUCAGUGCUCAGCUUGGUAGCAACACUUGCUUCACUUCUGAAAACUAUCAGCAAUCAUUUAUGAGCACUAACAUAUUAUUCCCAAUUUGCACCCUUUCUGAUGUUGGUCAGUAAGAGCAAAAUGGUAUCCUGUAAGGGUCUAAGUGAGAAAUUGGCGGAAAAAGGGAAGAGUUUGCUGGUGCCAGCACAUUUUGCUGGUGGGUAGUUGCCAUUUCAGCUCACAUGGCUGUAACCUAGAAAGAGAGAGACUUCAUAUGGGUAUGAGCAAAGAGCUACUGCCUCCUUUAAGCGGGGCAGAGUUUGGGGCACAAUAUAAAGAAAAUUUGACUUCAUAAAAUGUUCUCUUUUCCCUUUGUAUUGAGCUUAUAUGCUGGAUACAAUCAUUGCACCACAGCUGGAAGCUUUACAGAAGCUAAAGACUGGGCUGUUUCUUAGAAGGGAAAAAACAAUCAUCACUCUUGAGUUUGUCUACUUGUGCAACUCAACAACUAACUACACUAAAGACAUUGAUUGCAAAUACCAAGAUUUCCAUCUUCCCCAACCAGCUUGGUAAUUCCACCAGAUCAAUUAUUUUGGAUGCAUUUUUCUUUUCCUUUCUUCUGCUAUGUGAUUUAAAUGAUGGGAGGGAACAGGGAUUAAUGAUCCAGAGCAGGAGUUCCCUUAGCCCCAGAAUUCCUCUACAUCGUCUACCUCUUCAGGUGAACACACAUGAAGAAGAAGUGGAUGAUUAUGAUGAUGCAGAUACUGCUGCUACUGCAAGGGAUCCAUUCUGCUUUAUUACCCAAACUCCCACUGUCUGAGGAAGCAGCCAAAGGAGCACUAUGUACAGGAUUGCAUCUAUUCUGCUUUGUUUUCUACCCCUGGCCCCAUAUCAUUGAUGACUAUGAAGACAACAACAACAAAAAAGGGCAAAUGCAUUUUUUUACAUUUCUUGAUAAUUUUCAAAGCAAUGUAUCAUUGCUUUCUUUAAACUGAUGCCAAUAUAACAGUUGUAUGGGUCUCAGCCAGCCUCCUGUGUCUUUUUCUGACUUAGAGUUUGAGAUCUUUCUAUGAAACAUUCAUACUUAUAUACAAUAUAAUUUGACAACCUAGGACAAACUUUUAGGCAAUACAUAAUCCUUUAGCUGAUCAGAGUUGCUGACAUAAGUUGAAGC